UCAGCACCGAGCUCAGUGUGGAGGAGAGAGCUGAGGAGGAGACACACAGCCGCCGCUCGGCUCCUGCUGGAUACACACCGAGAUGUUCCUCUCCGAAAAACCCGCCUUUUAGAAAUAAAUUAAUUUAAAUCGGGGAGAUAAAGUCGAGCUCGGGAAUCCGACGUGUGGUGAGACAGAGACAGACGGGUGUUUGGUCCCUGUGCGUCCCGGGGAAACGUCUCUUUGUUCGGUUCCAUCUGUCCUUCAGCUCCAGCAUGGAUCAUCCAGAGAAGGAGGUCCGCACGGACGACGAGACCGAAUAUGAAGACGAGGAAGUGGACCCCAGAAUCCAGGGGGAGCUGGAGAAACUCAACCAGUCCACCGACGACAUCAACCGAUGUGAGACAGAGCUGGAGGAUGCGAGGCAGAAGUUCCGCUCAGUUCUGGUUGAAGCGACGGUGAAGCUGGACGAACUGGUGAAGAAGAUCGGCAAAGCUGUGGAGGAGUCCAAGCCUUACUGGGAGGCCCGCAGGUUGGCCAGACAGGCCCAGCUGGAGGCCCAGAAGGCCACUCAGGACUUCCAGAGAGCCACCGAGGUCCUACGGGCGGCGAAGGAGACCAUCUCCCUGGCCGAGCAGAGACUCCUGGAGGAGGACAACAGGCAGUUUGACUCCGCCUGGCAAGAGAUGCUGAACCACGCCACCCAGCGGGUGAUGGAGGCGGAGCACACGAAGACGAGAAGCGAGCUGGUGCACAAGGAGACGGCGGCCAAAUAUACGGCAGCAAUCGGCCGCAUGAAGCAGCUGGAGAAGAAACUCAAACGCACCAUCAACAAGUCCAAGCCCUACUUUGAGAUGAAGGCGAAGUACUAUCUGCAGCUGGAGAACCUGAAGAAGAAUGUGGACGAGCGGCAGGCCAAGCUGUCCCAGGCCAAAGGCGAAUAUAAGACGGCCCUCAGGAACCUGGAGAUGAUCUCCGACGAGAUCCACGAGCGACGGCGGAGCUCCGCCAUGGGCCCCCGGGGGCGUGGUGUGGGCGCCGAGGGCGACAGUGUUUCCGGGGACGACAUCUCCAACUUUAAGAUGGAGUCAGACGGAAUAUCCAUGGCGUCGGUGUGUUUCGACGAUGAGGCGUGUGGCGGCAGCAGCAUCAUGUCGGAGGAAGACUCCGAGACUCGCUCCACCUGCAGCCUGGGUUCAUCUCCCAGCAGCCCUCAGGAGCUCCUGUCACCCUGCCCCUUUGCCAGCUCCUCCUCUUCCUCCUCCUGCACAUCCUCCUCUGCCUCAUCAUCACCCACUCCCUCCUCCUCCUCCUCUUCCUCCUCCCCGUCUCCUCUGUCCAGGCCCUGCAGUCUGGACCUUCCCAGCACCGUGUCGCUGUCCGACUUUGGACUCAUCUCACCGGUGCUCGGGCCACGUAGCGAGUGCAGCGGAGCAUCGUCACCAGAAUGCGACCUGGAGAGAGGUGACCGGGCAGAAGGUGCAGAGGGAGAUCUCGACAAUGCGCCAGCCUCCAACAACAACAGCUCAACCUCCAACACCAAGAAGAGCUUCAGUCUGGAGGCACGCUUCAGCUUUCUGAACCUGCGUCGCCCCCGCACCGACAACGCCAAAAACAUGGACAACUGUUCCCAGAAGACUGAGGCUGGGCAGACUGUGGUUCUGGUCAAAGGAGUCUGAGGACAAAAGAAGAGAAUAUGUUGGAGAGAUAUUGACUCAAACUCUGAAACUGAGCUGUUUAUAAGCUACCUGCCACAACUGCACUCCAUUUAGAAACUCCACGGUCAAAGAGAGACUUUGAAUGUCAUCGUUGGUGUAUAUAAGGUUUCUUGUACAUCAUGGCAGUGUUGUUACUCCCACCUCCCUUACAAAGGACAUUGCACUUUUGGACUCUCAUGCCUGAGAAAUAAAGAGCACUGUUAUGUUGAAAUGUGCUGGAUGAGGGUGAUGGAAGAAAAAGAUGGUUAGAAAUUACUCAUGUUGUUAAUUUUUAUUUUUCCACUAAAAGCUGCAAAAGCAAGCUUUGACUUUCUGAUAAUAGUUGGUAUAACUGUUCAUUGAAAUUGAGAAUUUAUUACUAUUAAAUGACACUUUGCAUACUGUAAACCAUACAGGGGUUAUGUCCUUAACAGUCAACAGUUAAAGGAAUUAAAGUCACGUGAAGAUGUUCAAUAAAUAAAUAAAUAGUGUCUUAAUCUGCUAUAUGCUCCUGUAGUUGAGGUAUAAUUUGUUUUCCGAGGUUAUAUAUAUGUAAAUGUUCUGGUUUAGGCACUGUGGACCCUCCAAUGUUAAAAAGCUUUUUGUUUUCAACAUAAAGCUAUAAUUCUGGUUAAGUUUUAGCUUUUGCCACCAUGACGUGCACAUCCAGCGCAGGUUCAGGUAAACACAAAAUGUGUCGAACAGUCUUGUUGCAGACAAACAUAUAAAUGCAUACACUCAGCUGCAUACUGAGAGUGACUCAACAUGAAGCUGAAGUGUUUUACUGCCUCCUGUGGUUUAAAGAAAGGUGAUGUAAUUGCAGAAUGUAGAAAUAACACAUUUCUUAUAAAUUUAACUUUUCAUUUAUUAGAUAAAAUACACUCACCCUGCGUUAUGUAAAAUUCUCAGCGAAAACUUUUUUUUAAUUUGCAUGCCUUCAUGGUGAAUGACGAAUCCAAAAACGGAACAAAAAUCUUUGCUUAUUGCAUUGACAGCUUCCACCACUUCCACUUCCGUCAUUUUUGACAAAAAAAUGAAAAAACAAAACUAGGGUAAAAAAAAAAAAAGACUGAAUUUAGCCUCUGUAUCUACAUCACCAACAGCCCCAUCAUAAACCCAGGGACAUAGACAAGUCACAAUCUAGUAGCACAACUAUGUGGGGAGGUGGAUCACAAACUGAGAGGGAAAACUGAACCACCAAGAAUUUAAUUUUCUUCUCUGCACCCUGUUUUAUAAUUUAUCUAUGCUGCUUUUAUGUGGAAUGACAUUUUUGAUCCUUCAGACACUGAGACAGUAUGUCUAGCCUCCUGGUGUGUCCCUCAGGGCUCUGUACUGGAGUCCCUACAUUUUCCCUAAAAACUCCUUCCACCUAAAAACUAUGAAAGACAAAGCAAAAAGAGGACUCAGCUCUGGAACUCUGGAACAUUUCUUGAUGGAUGCUAACAGUGAAACCAGGAGUUUUUAGAUAUAAAUGAAAGAGCAAGCAAUGUAGUUUGUGUGCUUCUGAAAACCAACGCUGGAUUGUGUUGUUGGAGAUAGAUUUAUAAUUUAAAGCUAAAUGAACUACAGGUUGGGGUUAAGUGUGUAAGGGAUGUAUUUUAAAGGAAUAAUUGGAAAAAAAUGUAACUUGUUUUUCUUGAUUAUUCAGGUGCCAUAUUAUGAGAGAAGUUCAGAUCCCAAUAUUAACUUGUGUCCUGAAAAUACUCAUUUGCUCCUAAGAUUAAAGGAUGAGGCGGCAAUAAUCUGUAUUUUUGUUAUCGCCAACAAAUUAAAAAAACAAACCAACAACAUGUUGGUCUGUCUCUCAAAACUUUCUGACUUGCCUACUCUGUCUGUGGCACUUAGCUCCAAACUCAUUAGUCCCUACAGAAAAUGUGAAUGGAAGGCUGAGAUUUUACAAAAUGGUCAACAUCUGCCUCAUCAGCAUUAGAGUAAAGCUGUGGGGGAAAAAAAGGUGGUAAAUGAAGUAGUAGUUUGCAGCCUUUUGCCUCGCGCUAUCUUUGUUCGGUGUGUGUAUUAUGUGUGAGAACAAAAUGUGAUAUCUGUAUAUAUUCGUAUAUCUGUGUCACUUUUUGAUGUGGAAUUUGGGAUAUGAACCGCUGACCAGUCUGCCCUCUCAUAGCUGUGUGUGCAGAUGUUCAGUCCUCUGCAUCAUCUCGAAGCAACUAAUGUGCCUGUUUUUCAAACUAAGAGUAAAAUAAACGGAUGUUCACUUCA